AUGGAGAAGGUGAACAUCGAGCCAUGUGUGAAGAUGGACACCCAAACCCUUGAUCUUCUCAAGAUAAGAGAUGAUGUCACAUGGUACAUAAGGAAGCUAGGCUUGAGCAAGCUCUUCAAGCUAGAAUGUAGUGAGUACUCACAACUCACCAAGGAGUUCCUCUCCACAGUAGCUCUUGCCUUUCCCAACCACAAUGGAGACCAACCAGCUGGUGAUGGACUCCUACUCUUCAAGAUAGGCGAUGCCAAUGGGCGCAUCUCCAUCUCAGCUCUAUGCCAACUCUUUGGACUUCCCAAUGAGACAGCACAUGACUUCAAGGAGAACUCAAAGAGGAAACAAGCUGCCUUUGCUGAUUGGACACACUUUGCCAAUGAACCAUUCUUGCCUUCAAGGUCAAAGGUGUCUAGAAUCACUCAUCCAGCCAUUCGCUAUGUGCACCGCCUCAUCUCCACCACUUUCCAAUGCAAACAAGAAGCCAACAAGGUCACAACUGAUGAGUUCUACAUCCUCACCACACCAUUCAUCAAGCAUGAGUACAAGGCCAACCUUGGACUUUUACUUGCCAAGACAUUCAUCAAUGUGAGGAAGCUAGCUCAAGACUUGGAAGGCAACAAGAAGCUUUGUGUUCGUUUUGGGAGGCUUAUCACGGCCAUAGUACUGCAUGUGGGGAUUGACAUUCCCAACUAUGAGCCACUACCCAAGCCAACCCCUUUGGAUCUCCAUGCUCUUCAGCACAUCCACUUCCUAAACCGUUGGACUAAAGACCCAACUCGGUUUUGCUAUGAGUUUCCAAUUGGUCCAGCCAACACUUCCCUUGUCUUGCUGCCACAUGAAGACAUCCCAAGCCUACGCUCAGGUGUUGUCACUUUCCAGCCCAAUGAGGAAGACUUCUAUGUUCCAUCAAGUGAGAAACCAUCAUUCCCCAUGCUCACCUAUCGCACACUUCAGCAUGCAGUCAAGACUCAACGCCGCCUCCAAGAACGCCAUGUUCUCACUACUGGCAUGGCCGCGCACCAAGCUCUAGACCGUGUUAACAAGCUGGAGAAGAUAGUGGAAUGCCAAUCUCGCUUCAUCUCACGCCUAGUUCGUAGUUCGCCACAUUGCACCGGAGAGACUCUUUCGCCCUUCUUCCACCGCUAG